CAAUUUCUAUCUUUGAUUCAAUGAGCUAAGUGGCCUCUUUCUGAAUCACAUAAUUCGAUCAGUCAAUAACUUCGAGAUUCCGGCUGUGGCUGGACAUUUUUCUUCUCUAGCAAUAAGGACCAUCCCAAAACGACAUUAACAAUAUUUGUCUUGGCAUCUCCUCCAGGCGGCAUCGGCGCGUGAAAGAGGGUGCGUUGCGCAUGCGCAACAACUACCAACCAUGUCCCGUUGCUGCUGUUGGAUGUUCCGGACGCGUAAUGCGAUUGACGGACUGCGAGUACCCAAUGGGCAAUAAGCGGGGCGGGACCUCCGCUUAACCCAUUCAUGAGUUUUGAGAAACCCUAAGGACUCGAGAGACUGUUGGAAGGGGCGGGGACAUCAAAUUUAAAUUACCGCCAGCGGCAGCGCGCGCGCUCUCUCCCUUGUAUUCGCGGAGGCCUUGAGGGCUGCGAUGCGGCGUUAUUUGCGGGUGGUGUUGCUGUGUUCGGCUCUGGCCUUCUUCGUCAUCCUCUAUGUCUUCAACGAGAUCGCCAAGGCCGAGGACGGAGUUCGAGACCCGCCCACUCCGGAUGGCAGAGGCCCAGCUCGAGGACGGUCACGGGCGGGGGGCCUGCCGCCAAGCAGGUGUAAGGAUGUGUCUGUUUCUUUCUGGAAUCCAUAUUGGAUGCUGCCCACUGGUGUUUGUGCAGUGAACUGCUUUUGGGAAUCUGCAUUUAGGCAUGAAGCAAAAACUUGGAACCCUGCAAACUCAUCAAAAAAGCUUUCUUCAGGGAUGCAUCUGGCCGUGGUAACGUGUGGACAAAGAUUGGAAGAAACUUUAACAAUGCUGAAGUCUGCCAUUUUAUUUAGUCAGAAGCCACUUCAUUUUCACAUAUUUGCAGAGGAUGAACUCCAUACCAAGUUCAACAGUACACUGGAAAUCUGGAAGACUGCUUUUCAUCAGAGGUUUAAUCACACUAUCUACCCAAUAACAUUUCCAGCUGAAACUGCAGCAAUAUGGAAGAAGUUGUUCAAGCCCUGUGCUUCCCAACGACUCUUUCUACCUCUGAUCCUCAAAGAAGUGGAUUCUUUGCUCUACGUAGACACUGACAUUCUUUUUUUGCGUCCGAUGGAUGAUAUUUGGGCAUUUCUUGAAGAUUUUAAUCAUACUCAGAUUGCUGGAAUGGCUCCAGAACAUGAGGAGCCACGAAUUGGCUGGUACAACCGUUUUGCCAGACAUCCAUACUAUGGGAAGACUGGAAUCAAUUCUGGCGUUAUGUUGAUGAACAUGACCCGUAUCCGAAAAAAAUACUUUAAGAAUGAUAUGACAAGUGUCCGCCUGAAAUGGGAAGAUUUACUUUUGCCUCUCUUCAAGAAAUACAAGCUCAACAUUACUUGGGGAGACCAAGAUUUACUCAAUAUUAUUUUCCACCAAAACCCAGAAAGCCUGUUUAUUUUUCCAUGUCAGUGGAAUUAUCGACCUGACCACUGUAUGUAUGGCAGCAACUGCAAAGCAGCAGAGGAUGAAGGAAUCUUUGUUCUUCAUGGAAAUCGUGGCGUCUACCAUGAUGGAAAGCAGCCAGCUUUCAGAGCUGUGUAUGAAGCAAUAAAAAGUUAUCCUUUUGGGGAAAAUCCCACCCGUUCACUCCUGCAACCGCUUGAAAAUGAAUUGCAGAAAACUACAAAUACAUAUUGUGGAAGGAUCCACCAGGUCUUCACAAUGCAGCUGCUCAAAAGUCUAAGAACUUUACAGGAAAAAAUUUCAAGAACGUGAGUUUGGUAAAUGACUGAAGGCUUUAUUUUGUUCCAGUGUUAUUUAUAUAGCGGCAGGGACCGGAGUUUUCACAAGACCUAAAUAAAUGACUGGUGGGUCUUAAAAUAUUGAAGUGAGGUAAGUGAAAGAGCUCAAAACAAGUACUGUCUGCAUUGAAACCUCAAGAAUGACUUAUGAAUGUAAUCAUCAUCUCAUACCUGAGCACUAAUUAACCUAAAUUGAAGAAUUUAUUUAGUGGGAAACAUUGUUUACAGAGAAAAGAAUGUUAUUCCAUCAUGUGAAGAUUUGCUAGAGUUGUCGACAAUCUUUAUGACGUGCUUUUCAUUAUGAAGUUAUGGCAAUUAAUCUCUUAUGUAUUACAAAGUAAACACAGAAAUGUCUUGCAUGUUUAUGACAAUCAGGUUUUGAAGAGUGCAUUGCAUUAGGUGCUUUUUGGCUCCAAUAUAAGGAUCAGUUAGGCUCAAUUUCGACACUGUAAUAAAGUGCAAAAUCAGUGUUCUGAAUAGAUUGCUUGUCCAUGAUUGGUAGACACUGAGCAACUGAAAAUAGUUAACUUCAAUUCCAAUCUUUCCAGUAAUAAAAACAUAUUAGUCAACA